AUGAUUAACGAAUACGAAGUACAAGACGCAGAAGAACAAAUUGUGAUACCCCAAAUUCCACAAUAUGAGAGCGAAUUCAUUAAUGCUAAGAUGUUUUUGCAAAUGGCAAGUACUAAUACUGGGGAUAAUUUAUACGAUCAUCUAUCUGAAACUUUGAACAAGAUAUUAGCAGAGAGACCCCAGAAUAUAAUUGACUUUUUCGAAGAGUAUAGUAGAAAAGUGAAAGAGAGAAGAUUUAAACCACUAACUGAUCACUUAGAAGAUAUCUAUUGCUCUCCUGGUAGCUUACAAGUGGCUCAAAAAACAAUGCCUUUGCUUAAACCCUUGCCUCCUACCGAACCAUCUACUGUAGAUCCUGCUGAUUUACAAUUAGCGGAUAUGUCUCGAAACAAUAUGAUAGAAUUACUACAUUAUCUAGAGCAAUGCGGAUUGGGUAUACCAAGAACGGAAAUGUUUUUCGUUAUGCUAUCAAUGAGGCAGCUUAUAUACGCUGAACCUAUUUCUUCGAUUAGAUUUUGGGGAAAGAUAUUUGGCACACUUAAAGAUUAUUUUAUCGUUGAAUGUGAGCUGAAAGAUGAAGAGUAUAUAAAACGAAACGAGAUUUAUGCUCAAGAAGCUGAAAUAGAUAAACCACAAGUUAUAAACGCAGAUGAAACAGUUAUUUUGGAAGAAAACAGAAUCAGAAAAGCGUUGGACGAAAUUGCCAAGCAGCAACAAUUAGGAGGAGAAGGUGGUAAAUAUCCUAGACCUUUGCCUCCACUACCUAAAAUUAUAUAUGAAGAACCCCCGGAGCCGCCGUCUGAAUUAUCCGGAAUAGGGUUAAAUAAGAUGGUAUAUUAUGUAUGUAAUGGCGUCGGAGAGCCAUGGAUUCAACUACCGGACGUUACUCCGAAACAAAUUCGUACUGCUAGACAUAUAUACAAAUCGUUCACGGGAAAUUUAGAGGAGCCGAUUUGUACAUAUCCAGAAUUUCCGGGAAAAGAAAAGGACUAUCUUAGAGCACAGAUCGCUAGAAUAUCCGCAGGCACUCAGAUUUCUCCUUUGGGAUAUUAUACUUUCGGGAUCGGAGGAGAAGGCGAAGGCGGCGAAGAAGAUGAAGAGCCCGAAGAAGUGGCAGGUGAUAUGAAAACCAGUUACAGAGUAAAUCCCAAAUAUGAACCACCGCCUUUGAAAGAUUUAUUGGACAUGUCACUAUCGUUUUGGGUUCAUCAUGCUCAAUAUAUUUUACCUCAAGGUCGAACAACAUGGUGGAAUCCGAAUCCAAUGCCAGAAGUCGGAGAUGAAGAGCUGGGCGAAGAAUUAGGAGAAGAAGAAGAAGAAGUCGAAGAUAAAGUAAAAAUGCAACGUGUGGAACCUGAAACUGGUCCCCCUUUACUCAUACCUAUAGCAGAAGAUGCAUCUCUCGAAGCUGUACCUGCUUGGAGUGUGAGGUGCUCUUCUAAUAUUAUAGACGAUUUUGCUCUUGCCGUAGUUAGAUCGAAUUUAUGGCCAGGAGCCUUUUGCUUUUCGACACAAGGGAAACUAUUUUAUAAUAUUUAUUUUGGUUAUGGUUUAAAAUAUAUGGAGAGUAACUUUUCUCCAUUACCACUGCCGCCUGUCGAACAGGAAUAUCCGAUCGGUCCGGAGAUCAUGGAAGUCUUGGAUCCAACUGGAGCAGAAGAAGAAAAAUGGCGCAUAGAUCACUUGCCAGUACCGAAAAUAGAUCUACCGGUAGUAGAAGAAGGAGAACCGGAAGAACUAGAAGAAGAAGAAGAGGAAGAAGACGAAGAUUAA